AUGGCUGCAUCCUCGUCGCAGCUAGCGGUCUGCAGAUCGUUGACCUGUCCCCAAGCGAUGAAUCUUCAUUCUGAACUACUCCCGUGGCGGAAACCGUCGUCGUUUCUGCUCUCCGUAUCCCACUCCAAUGUCUCGCGCAAGCAGCCUUCCGCAUUCCGCGGAGCUCGCCUCCGCGCAAUCAAGGGGUCCAAGGAAGGGGAGAAGGGGAAGCAAGGACCGUUAGUGCGGAAAGUAGAGGCGGAGGAGGAGGAAGAGGAGGAGGAGGAGGAGGAGGAGGACUGGGAAGGAGAGGAAGAGUGGGAAGAUGAACUGGUCGAUUUAGAAGAACAACAAGAGGAGGGUUUAGAGGGGGGAGAGCAGGAAGGGGAGGAGGACGAGGAGGAGGAGGACGAGGCUGUUGUACAGAUGGCAGCAGCGGAUUGGGAGAGAGCAGCGAUGGCGGUGGUGGUGGAGGCGAUAGAGAAGCAGGACGAGAGCAGGCGCAAGGGAUGGCGGCGGCGGCGGGAGGUCAUGGAGGAGGUACCGGAGCAUCUGCUGCCACGAGUGGCCAUAGUGGGGCGACCCAACGUGGGCAAGUCAGCCCUUUUCAACCGCCUCGUGGGGCGCAACAUAGCCAUAGUGCAUGACGAGCCGGGGGUGACGAGGGACAGGCUGUACGCGCGUGCUCUCUGGGAGGGCCGCCAGUUCCUUCUCACCGACACCGGAGGCCUCAUGGACGCCCCCAACGCCAACGCUGCUGCUGCUGCUGCUGCUGCUGCUGCUGCUGCUGCUGGUCCCGCUGCUACCAGUGGCGGUAGUGGCUCUGCUAGUGGUGGUGCUUCUGCUGUGGCUGCUGAUGGCGGUGAUGCUGCUGAGGGUGCGGGUGUGAAGAGGGGCAAGGGCGGUAGAGGGGGGAGGGCUGGGAGGGGAUCUGCUUCAUCCACAGCAUUGUUGGCACUCGCCAAGGCUGAUGGCGUCGCUGUCAUCGGUGAGUGGUGGUAUGGUAUGCAGCCUAGUCACAUGAGGAUGAGUAGGCAAGGGCGGGAGAGGGACGGGAGGGCUGGGAGGGGAUCUGCUUCGUCCACUGCCCUGCUCGCACUACCCAAGGCGGAUGGCGUCGCUGUCAUCGGUGAGUGGGUGGGUGAUAGGACCGGUGGCGGCGGGCGAUUGGCCAACGAGCGGGCGGCGAAGGAGGCUGAGGUGGCGGGUUUGCCGGAGCUGAUUGGCCGACAGGCUGCUGCUGCCGUUGAGGAGGCUGAUGCGAUCAUCAUGGUGGUCGAUGGGCAGGCUGGUGCAACAGCUGCUGACGUGGAGAUUGCUCAGUGGCUGCGGCGGCGCCACGUGGCAAGCAGCAAGCCAGUGUUUCUGGCAGUGAACAAGUGCGAGUCGCCCACCAAGGGACUCCUGCAGACAGCCGAGUUCUGGUCGCUGGGCCUGACCCCCAUGGCAGUGUCAGCCCUCUCAGGCACGGGCACAGGCGACCUGCUGGAUGAGCUGCUCAAGGCGCUGCCGUCGCAGGAGGAACCCGAAUCGUCCGCUGCCCUCUCCACCAUCACCGACAGCAACGAUGCCGUUGCCACACAGCUCGGCCGAGUGUCAUUGGCAAUCGUGGGAAGGCCCAACGUGGGCAAGAGCAGCAUAGUGAACGCACUGCUGGGGGAGGAGAGGACCAUCGUGAGCCCCGUCAGCGGCACCACCAGAGACGCCAUCGACACCAAAUUCACGGGGCCAGACGGACAGGAGUACACAUUGAUCGACACGGCAGGGGUGCGCAGGAAAGCGGCGGUGGCAGCAGGUAGCAGGGCGGAGGGUCUGUCGGUGAAUCGCGCGCUGAGGGCAAUACGGAGGGCGGACGUGGUGGGGCUUGUUGUUGACGCCAUGCUGUGCGUCACAGAGCAGGAUCUUAGACUGGCGGAGCAGAUAGAGAGGGAGGGCAAGGCGUGUGUGGUGAUUGUGAACAAGUGGGAUACCGUGCCUGACAAGGACGCCACCAGCACAGUGAGCUACACAGAGGAUGUGCGGGGGAAGCUGCGCUCCAUGCCCUGGGCUCCGCUAGUCUUUACCUCGGCAACGACAGGGCAGAGAGUGGCCAAGAUUUUGGAAGCUGCCCGUUUUGCUGCCCAGCAACCUCUGAGGUGGCUGCUGCCCGUUGUCCUCGUUACAGGACAACUCUAG